AACAUGAGCCUCACCCGAUUAUGCAAGGUAUCCUGCUUAUAAUCCUCGGUAAUGUUCGCCUCAUCCUCUAUUACAUACACCUACUCGCGUAACCAACAAUAUCCACAGCGUAGGAUUCGUUUUUUAUUUUUUAAAACAUAGCAGCAGAGUAGAAAACAUCUCGUCGGUAUAAAUUUAAAUGAGUUUAAUUUAAAUCGUUUGAUUACGAAAUAUAUUCGCAUGAAAAUUCAUAGGAAACCCGCGCGGCAAGUAUGAAACAAAAUAUUUGGAGACUGUGUAUGAAUAUUAAACAUUCUUCUACUGGGUGUCUUUCUAAUUUAUGCACGUAAUUAUCGAGUUAAAAAUGAACACGUGUUGCGAAUCGCACUGAAACAAAGUCAAUUUUUAAUAAAAAAAAAGGCUUCGACCAGGUUUCGCGUUCAGGGACCGAUUUACGAACAGAUUAGAAGCGUUUUGUUGAUAUUCAUGUGUAGAAUAGGUCCGAUAAGGAAAGAUCAGGGGUCGGGACUGAUAAAGGUUGAUAAUGAGGCUCGAUCGGCGUAACUGGUCAGUUCCUACGGUGUCGUACGCGAGUAAACUACAAACUUCCUCGCACCGAUCCAUAUCGACAAUCAUAUUUCAGCCUUAUCAAGGCUAAUUACCAAAAAAAAAAAAAGAAAACACCACGAUGACAACGAGUCUCGCGUUCAUUCGUCAGUGUGACACGUACGAAUAGAAAUGUGUUCUCGCUACGAUAGUGAAAGGAUUGAAAAGUAUGAACAACGACGGAAAUCGUCGGGCUAGGAACUAUGGAUACGCGUUUGAUACUAUAGUGAUCGUGCCAUCUCCAGGUUCCAUAUGGGAUUAUCCAUAUUUGAAUCAGGUCAUCAGCAUGAUGGGCUUGGUCUACGGGACAGGACCGGAUUCUAAACAAGAUUUCCUCCCUCCCAACAGCCGAUUUCCACCGUCACACAUGGAGAGUCCGUCAAGGUGCGAGCUGACAAAGACCGAGGAUCAAAGCGCGGAUGAAACGGAACUUGGCGAGGUGAAGGUGUCACCUCCGACGAGUAGCGUCGCGACGUCGACGCCGGUACAACCCGGAAACAUCCCUUGCAGGAACGGUGGUUGCAAAAGUUGGGCAAAUCGCGGUGAAUCCCGGCUAGAAAGUCCUUGGCAUUAUCUGAAAACCGUCUUCCUCGUUACCGUGAUCGUCGCAUUGGUGAUCUGGGUGAUCGUUUACACCUUCCUUACACAGUAUCGGAUUUUGUAAACGAUUCGACGAACCUAGAGACUGAUUUCGAAAGCUAAAUAUUUCGAUAAUUUCACUUUCGCGAACGACACGAAUGAACUCGACACGAUGGUUCGAAUGACUGCAAGAGGCAAAUUUUGGUAUUGGAAAAAUUCUAUCCAGGAUAAAUCCGUCCUUUGAAAAUUAAAUGGUUAUGAGAAUCCGUUUAAUUUCUUGCAUUUCACUGGAAAUGCAAGAAACGAGUACUUUCUAUUCGUGAGAAUGAAGAGAUACAAGAGAAGGACACUAUUUUUUCCCAGUGUUGAAGGUGUAGACAGUGUAUAAAGAUACGUGACUUUUGUAAAGAUGUACAAAAGUAUUUUACAUCCAAAAAAUAAUGCAGGCUUUAACAAUCUUUUUUACAUUCCAAUACAUUAAUGCUAGUCUCUACUUUUUUUAAAAAUUUUUUUUUAUUCAAAUUGGAUACUAUAUAUCAGGACCGUAUUGUAAGACAAUGAAUAUAAUUGUAACAUUGUAUACGAGACAAGCUUUAUAUAAUUUGAAUUUUAUUCAAGAGGUAUUUUUCGAAACUGUAGUAUUGUUGAUUUUAUAACCAACACCUUACUUUUUUACUUUUUACCAAGUAUUUGUACAUAAUUAAAUAAAAUAUGGUUAAUUACUUGUACUAUA